UUCUUGCUACAGUCCAACUUUCUUAUGGUUUCAUCGCCAUGUCAUCCGCAUACCAUCCCCAGACAGACGGACAAACCGAGCGUCUUAACCAAAUUGUGGAGCAACUCCUCCAUGCAGCCUGCAAGGACGAAAUCUUCAAGUGGGACUUGUAUCUGCCCAUCCUGGAGUUUGCCUACAAGAAUGCUACUCCCGCCGCUACUGGACAGACGCCAUACUUCCUCUGUUACGGACGCCACCCGAUCACACCACAACAGCCAACCAUACCAGCCACAGUCCAACCCGCUCAUGAUUUCGUCACGACCAUGCACAAAUUUUGGGAUCGGACCCACAAGCGCCUUCUCGACAUUCAGCAACAACAGAAGCGCUAGGCCGAUCGCCACCGCACAGACCACACCAUCACCGUGGGAGAUCGCGUACUAGUUGACACACGCACUCUUGACAUCAG